AUGUACUCCGCUCAGCCAGGCGGUGCCGAUAGCGCGACAAUUAAUCCUGCCGCCCUCAACUCUCCCGCCCUCUCCGACGCGCCCCCGCGCGGCCACAAGCGGAGCCGGUCCUCGGAUUCUCACGACGCGCCGCUGCCCACUGGCGAUGACGUUCGUUUCCCACCGCAACGCAAACGCGCACGACCAAUGAAGCCGUCCGAGGCUCCAGGGCAGGCGCCCGGCCCCGCGGGCCCUUCGGCAGCUCAACCGCCACACACGCCCCAGUCCCAGAGCACAUCUUUGCCCAGCCAGGCGACGCCUGCUUACGCGCCCGCGGCGGCGGCGCCUCCCAAGACUACGCCGACCAAGUCGACGCUCAAGGCCCUGCCGACUGUCCGAGAUCACACGACUGAUCAGCUGAACCCCAGCGGCGAUGAGUACCUUCCGCGCGAGAUGGACGAGUUUGGAGAAAAGAAGGUGAUGCAAAAUGGACAAUUGCUCGGCAACCGCACGUACCGUUGUCGGACCUUUCUGGUCCCCAACAGAGGCGACAAGCUGUUCAUGCUCGCGACCGAAUGCGCCAGGGUCCUCGGAUAUCGCGACUCGUACCUACUCUUCAACAAGAACAGGUCGCUUUACAAGAUCAUCGCUAGCCAAGCUGAGAAGGACGACCUUGUCCAGCAGGAGAUUUUGCCGUUUUCGUACCGUUCGAGGCAGAUUGCCAUUGUCACCGCGCGCUCCAUGUUCCGGCAGUUUGGCAGCCGCGUUAUCGAGAAUGGCCGCAGGGUUCGCGAUGAUUACUGGGAAACCAAGGCUCGCAAGCAGGGCUUCACGGAAGCGGAUCCCGCGGGCGAAAAAAGACCGGGAGCAGCAAAGGCUCGCGAGGCGGCCGAGGCGGCGCAGAACAAUGUCCUCAUGAGCGGGCCCCACACUGAAAUUGUGUACAACAACAACCCUGGCCCCUAUCCUGGCGCCUCGCAGCCUCAUCUCGUCCAAGCAGAGUUCAACGACACUCGCCCGAGGGACUUUAGCGGGAUCAUCAAGGGUGGACCUCGCCAGGAGAUCACCGGGCCUCCCUACCAGGAUCAGACUCGGCCGACCCCCCUCACGGAGCUUCAUACCCAGGCUCACCAUGCCGCCGACUUCAACAGAUCCGUCAACCAGCAGCGCGACAUGCGAAGCGAGUACAUUCAAAGCAUCUGGCGCCGACCCCACGAGCAACCUCCCUCGUCGAGCAUGAGCCAGCAGCCCGUGAGCUCAAGCGACAACAGUAACAACGCCAACGUCCCGACAAGCCGCCCCUCGAGCUCGCCGCACACGACCGCCUCCGGCGUGCCUCAGCAACCUGUUGUGACAUCGCAGAGUCCCCAGAUGAUGAUGACGACGGCGCCCUACUCGCAGUCGAUGCACGCGCCAAACACUCUUGGUCAGGCUCCAAUGCGAAAAGGAAACACGGCACACACUGAGCCAAGUUCGUUCAUCUCUAACCGCCGACACCACUUAGGCUCCUCAGGCAGCAUAAGCCAGGGUACGCCGGGCUACAACUAUCAGUCCAACCAGGCCAUGUGGUCUCAGAGUCCCCAGCCUUCGCAUCACACCUAUGCCAGCUACACGACGCAGUCGCAAUCGCCCCAUCCGUCUCAGUCACCCGCGCCUCAUCUUCGCCAGCCGAGCACGGCGGGACAGAUGCAGCCAAACAUGCCCUUCCCCACCAUGAGCGGCAUGCAGUACGGCGCCGGCCAAGGCAUAUACCCCGCGGAACAGACGCCGCGGCAAUAUCUACCCCAGAACGCGCCUGGCGGGCCGACGUGGUGGGCUCCCCCUCAACAGCCGCAAUGA